AACAUUCAAACUGUUCUCUACGGUCGUUUGAAAAUGAAUCGUUGUACAAACUGAAAUCGAUUUAACCUUGGAAAUCGAAAGAGCCGACGAUUUCAGCGUUAACGAACGCAAUAUGAAUAAGAUAACUUUUGAGUUUUGAUGAUACAAUUGUUGAUUUUUUGUUUGUGCCAUAUUUGCGUUUCGCUUGACAAAGUCAUCACACGUUCCAUAGAGAUCGAAACGAGUGAUUUAGUCAACUCAUUUUGACUUAACUACUUUAGCAAGGGCUUCCUUUAGUUCGCUACAAAUUGUCAGUUGAUUUUGUAUUUUCAUUGUUGAUAUAUCAUGUCGCUGGAGAUUUUGCCUGUGGUCUUUGGCAUAGCGGCUGUCAUAACGGUUGCUGUAGCUGCUCAUUUUUACUUCUCCAAAUCAAAAGAUGGCAAAAAGAAAAAGUUGACAACUCUAUUGGGCCCAACGCAGAAGGUUAUGCUGCCACUGAUCGAAAAGGAGGAAAUUAGCCAUGACACAAAACGUUUUCGAUUUGGUUUGCCAUCAUCGGAGCAUGUGUUGGGUUUGCCAAUUGGUCAGCACAUUCAUUUGAUUGCCACAAUCAACGAGGAGAAUGUAAUCCGUGCCUAUACACCAGUUUCAAGUGAUGAAAACCAGGGAUAUGUCGAUUUGGUGAUCAAAGUAUAUGCUCGCAAUGUUCAUCCGAAAUUCCCGAACGGUGGCAAAAUGUCGCAGCAUGUCGAUGAAUUGAAAAUCGGUGAUACGAUCGCAUUCCGUGGUCCAACUGGUAAAUUGCAGUACUUUGGCGAUGGCAAAUUCAACAUUAACAAACCAAACAAGGCUCCGGUCAAUCUCAAAGCCAAAUAUAUCAACAUGAUCGCUGGUGGCACUGGAAUCACGCCAAUGCUUCAAUUGGCUCGCGAGAUUUUGACUCGUGCCAAAGAAAACCAUCUCAAACUUGCUCUCUUGUUUGCCAACCAAAGUGAAGACGAUAUUUUGCUUCGCGACGAAUUGGAUGCAUUGGCCGCCGAGUAUCCAGACAACUUUAAAGUUUGGUAUACUGUGGAUAAGGCUUCAGACACAUGGGCUUACAGCGUCGGUUUUGUGAAUGCCGACAUGAUUCGCGACAAUUUGUAUCCGCCCUCAGAAGAUACCGUUGUACUUAUGUGUGGUCCACCACCAAUGAUCAACUAUGCAUGCCAACCGAACCUCGACACACUUGAAUACAAUCCAGAUCUUAGAUUCGCUUACUAAACCCUUUUCCAAGCGGUGUGCUAAUCGAGAUGGAGAACCAGAUCAAACCAGUUUUUUUUAUCGAAUAAAUUAUACUGCCGUUAUGAUAUCUAAUUGAAACGCUUAUUUGUUAUUCAAGUGAAUAAAAUCCAGAAUAUUUACGGAAUUUUUUUUGUUGAAA